AUGUCUCUUCUAAUUGUAUAUCUCUUGACGGCAGCAAGUCUGUGGAAAAGGGUUGAGGGCGACAGAUUCGAUGAGUGCAAGAUUCGACUUGAGCGUAUAUUAAACGGGACGGAGAGUUAUGGACCAUAUAACAAUGAGACGAUACGAAGCUCGGGGAUUAUAUAUAAUGGAGUGGUAACGGGUAUGAAUUCUGAGUUUUCCAGGACGUCGAGAGGUCAAUUCUUGACGGUCACAACUGAAGGUUGUCGCGCCAUCUGUGGAAAAUCCCCAGAUUGGUACUGGUCAUCCGACGUGGGUUUGAGCUUGAGCAUCAUUUCCAACUGGGUCUUGCCGAUUCUGGCUUUGCUGGCUGCGUUCCCCUUUGACUCGAUUCAUAAAAGCCAUGGGAGGUUGUGUUUCAAUAAACAGCCUGGGAGAGUCAGGGGGACGUUGCUGGCUUUGGUUAACUGGAUCGGCUCUCCACAACUUGCUCUAUCGGCGAUUCUGUUUAGUAUAUAUCAGAAUGUGGUAUGCGCUCGAGAUGCUGCUGGAGAACCUAGCGAAGCGGUUUCUGCACUUGAUGGGGAUUUGAUAGAGAUGCAACCCCCAGGAAAUCCGGGAGCUCAGUUGAAUAUGACACCGACACAGAUACAAGCCCGCAAGAACGCAUAUUACGUUGUCUCCUACCACAACGAAGAUCCUCUCGAGCUCGAAAAGCAAGAAAAGGUUCAACAGUGGACUGGAGAACUCCUACACGCAAUGGCAUCCCAACUGCGAGUGCUACGGCGUCUAGGCGUACGCCCGGCUUUCCUCAGUAUAUCGCUUUUCUGUGUCGCCUACGCUAUCUCGGUUUUCAUGGCUUUUGGAAAUAUCGGGGAUCGAACGACAACGCAUUCCCUCGCCGUUGGUAUCCUUAUUAGCUGGUUGCCGAUUCUGCUCCUUUUCGCUAUCGUUGAUCGCAAUCCGAUCUCCGCUGAACGAAGCAGAAUAUUGUUCAUCCGCUGGAUAUCAAAUGUGGAAGCGGUAAAGAAAUGGGAGAACCCACCGUUCCAGCCGCUCAGGCUCUCUUUCGAGCCUCGUCCCGAGCGUAAUAACGUAGGACAUCCCCACACAACCCAACCUAUCUGGUGGGCCGAAGAUAACAUGCGAUGGCCGGAAGAAGCAAAUUCGACAAUGUUUCCCCUGGGAGACUUCAUAGGCCAGGGAAGAGAGAUGGGCUUUAACGGGCUUGCAGAUGCGUUCGCCUAUGCCAUGCGCAAAGAGCUCGCAAAUAUGACCGCUACUAACACCCGCGAUGGACUAGAGGGCCACCGUUUGUUGCACGCAGAACAUUCGAACGUUGCCAAACUUACUCAAGAACGACUCGAAUCCCGACCGUUUUCUUAUUAUGUCUGUGCAUUGGUCUCUCUGACCCUCGUCUGGUGGGAAAUCGGCAUGGCUCUGAUGCUCUCGUGCAGUAUUCCAACCGUGGGCGUGGGCUGCAGAGCGGCAUCGUAUCUUUUGUAUGGGCUUCUCAGUACCAUUCCAUGGGCGAUCAAUGCGUGGCCGUCACGGAAUCCUGGGAAUCCUAAUAGAUGGAGGAAGGGAUUCAGCAUACUCAUCUGUGUGGUCUCUACUCUUUGCCUGUUCUUUAUCUUGUUUGCCGCUUUCAGCGGUGUCCUCAAAAACUGCUGGUGUAGGGGCGGAUCAAGUCAGUAUGUGGACUUCGAAAAUGCGUUUUUUUACAGAGAUAAGAAUCACUUUAAUGUUGUGACGUUUUGGAGGGUAGCUGCUAGUGUGGGCGCCAUUCCUAUAUUACUUAGCUUCGUGGUCGCCUGGAUUAUGUUAAUCAAGAUGAAGCCUCUAUGUCAGGUGUCGGUGGAUAGUAACUUGUCGCGAAGUUAUCCGAGGGCGGAUAUGAUUUGGUUAUCUUAA